AUGCAGGAGCAGCCUUCAUUGUCUCAUAAGCCCCCAAUUUUGCCCUGGCCUGACAUCUCUUCCCGAGCCAAGUGGUCUGUGUCGUCAUUCAAGUUCGGCUUUGGAGUCGAAUGUCUUCGCGACGGCGAUCCCGAUACAUUUUGGCACUCUGAUGGACCCCAGCCUCAUUUCAUAACCAUCGAAUUCCCCCGCAAAGUCGCAAUCCAGAAAAUAAGCAUAUAUCUCAAUUUUAGUAGUGACGAUUCAUACACCCCCUCCACCCUUGCCAUACGCGCAGGCACAGGCCCAAGCGACCUUCAAGAUGUCAGAGUUGUGACUUUGGAGAAACCUGAAGGUUGGAUCACAUUUGACGUUUCUUCGGAACCUAAUGAAGACGGGGAUGGACUCAAUCCGGUAUACGCGUACGUUCUCCAAAUAAUCGUUGCUGCCAAUCACAUGAGCGGAAAGGACACGCAUGUCCGUGGUUUACGAGUUCUUGGACCAAUUGAAGACCGAGCGGCCGAUGACGACCCAUUUUCAUUUAGAACGGCAGCAUUCAAAAUGUAUGAGACUAUUCGUUGA